AUGUUUUACCUGGACAUCGUGACAGAGGUAGAAGAGUCACUGCUAGGUUCGAAAGAUCAGAUACCUUCAAUGGUGAAAACAAAGGAAAGCACAAAAUUCGAGCGAACGGCUCUUUCACAGACGCUUGAGCGAAUACUCGAACUCAUCCCCAGCUUUGGAAAGAGCAAAUCCAACUCUGAUCUUGAAUCCGCCGCCGCGCGCACGAGGAAGACAGUCGAGUUGAAGAAAGAUCAACUACACGGCGAGAGUUCAAUCCGCAAUCAACACGGAACCAUCCUUCUCCAAGAAGAAGAUGUACGUCGGUGGACAAUGGCUGCAGAUAUGUUCAGAACCACUCGGCAUGGCGACAAACCCAAGGACAGUCUUGUCAGACGAAGUCGCAACUGGCCAUCCAUGGACAUCCAACCAGGGAACCUCCCUUGGACUCUGUUGAUUGCUCUCAAUGUGUCCAGCAUUAUGUAUGGAGGCCUGCAUGCUCUAGCCUGGAAUGCUGAUUUUGUCAACACCGUACAACAAAAACUAUGGCGGCUGGCCUCACUCUUCGUCAUGACCUUUGUUCCAGCAUCGACGUUCGUAUUGCUGAUUGAAAAUCUCUUGACGGUUGGAGGAGAGUACAAGUUCGAAAUUUUGACCAAGGUCAAUAAAUUCAUGUACUAUCUUCAGAUAUGGCAGAUCUCCUUCGGACUCAGUCUGUUGGCGUAUGUAUGGGCGAGGAUCUUCUUGGUGGUAGAGAGUUUCAUUAGUCUGGGUCAUUCUCUGGCUGGGGUUUAUGAUCUUCCCGUUUGGAGUGUUUAUGUACCACAUAUCACCUGA